AUGGUGGAUUGCUGCUUUAUGUUUGUUUACAAAACCACACAUAGAGGCAAUGUGAACACAUUCUUCUUUCUGGGAUUCAACAGCAUGGCUGUAUAUAAUCUACUGCUCUUCAUCUUGAUCCUUAUAAUAUACAUUGUGACAAUAUGUGGAAACCUUUUGAUCAUCAUGCUGGUAUACUACAGCAAGACCCUCCAUUCUCCCAUGUACUUUUUUCUCUCCCAACUCUCAGUAUCUGACAUAAUGCUGACCACAGACAUUGCUCCUAACAUGUUAAAUAUUGUAUUACACGAGCGGACCGCCAUAUCUUUUCCAGGCUGCAUCACUCAGUAUUAUUUUUUUGGCUCUAUUGAAACAUUUGAAUGUUUCCUUCUGACCGUUAUGUCCUAUGACCGCUAUCUAGCCAUCUGCUCUCCUCUGCAUUAUGCCUCCAUCAUGAACCACAUGCUUUGUAUUAAAUUAGUUUUUACAUCCUGGCUGUUGAGUUGUGCGAUAGCAUUCAUUUUAACUGUUGGUAUAUGUCAACUGGAAUUCUGUGGACCAAAUACUAUUGACCAUUUCUACUGUGACUUUAAUCCUUUGGUGGAACUUUCUUGUUCAGAUGCAUCCAGGGUUCAAAUGGAAUUGACCUUGUUGUGUUUUCCCGUGAUAGUCUUGCCAUUCAUUGUGAUAGUAGUCUCAUAUGCUUCCAUUGUUAUAACCAUGUUAAAGAUAACAUCCUUUUCAGGAAAACUGAAAUCAUUUUCCACUUGUAUCUCCCACCUUAUAGUUGUGUUAAUAUUUUAUGGAACCCUGAUUGGAAUGUACGUUCUUCCAAAUGAAGGACAGUCACAAAUGAUCAAAAAGAUCAUGUCAAUGUUGUACACUGUUUUUACGCCCUUUUUGAACCCUUUCAUAUACAGUUUGAGGAAUAAAGAUAUCAAGGAAGCUUUGAGAAAGCCGUUGUUUAAGGCCAUAACCACCAAAUGUACAAUGGUUCCCAUCCUCCCAUAUCACAUCUUUAUAAUUCAGAGACAAUAUGGUCACUGCUCCGAGUGGACUUUCAUAUGGCUCUCUGAAGCUGCCCAGGACAUCCCUCCAUUUGAGGCCCCGGGGUCCUGGGAGAGAUGUGGGACGGUUACCUCUCUGCCUGCAAGUAACCCGUUCAAACUCCACCAUCCUGUCCAAUUCACCCAUCCAGAGAUCCAGCGUGGGGGUGGGGAUGAAACCCACUUCCGCACCACCAACCUGGACGCAAUAGCGGGAAUUUGGCCCAUGAGGUACGUUGAGAUCUAA